CGGGAGCCCGGAGCCCGUGCGAGCUGCUCUCCCACCCCCUUUCCGGAUCACGCAGUUGGUACAGUCUGCCGAGCCCCAGCCAGCCCGGCCCGGGAGGCAGCCCCAGUUGCACUCUCGGCCGGGCCAGACCCGCUGGAGCGCUGCCUGCCCUGCCUGGAGAAAGAAGCGUGCACCGGGCUGCAGCGCCCCCUGCACCCGCCCAACCCUGAGCGCGCCCUGGGGCUGCUUGCAGCAGACAGCGCCCGCCUGCCCGUCCGCUGCUGGCCAUGUCCGGACCCGGAGCUCACAGCCAGAGCAGGAGGCUGCCCUCUGACAUGGAGCAUGGGCAGCGGGGACUGGAGCCAGAGCAGAUGCAGCAGCAGCUCAAAUUACGUGACAGGCAGAAGUUCUUUGAGGAGGUUUUCCAGCAUGAUGUGGAUUUCUUCUUCCCCAUGUCCCACCUGCAGAUAGAGCACAGGAGACCUCCGCUGGGUAGCAUUUCCUCCAUGGAGGUGAAUGUGGACAUGCUGGAGCAGAUGGAGAUGAUGGACCUUUCUGACCAGGACACCAUGGAUGUGUUUCUCAGCUGCGGGACAGAGGAUAACAAUGUUGCCGGUCUCCUGCCAGAGCCCAGCCACUACCAGGAGGAAAUCACCCUGCAAGUGCCCAAUGCGGCUGAGAUCAAAUCCCGGAUCUCGUCCACAUCUUCCGUGUCCACAGACCUGAACAGCCUGGACACCAGCGAGGAGGGGGCUGAGACCCCCGUGGUGCAGUCAGAUGAGGAUGAACCCCAGGAGGACAGUCCUGAAGCGCAGGCGGCCAGAAGCUAGCAGCAGGCUCCCUGCUCUCUCCUCAUCCACCCUCCGCAUGGACCUGCCAGCAUGAGAGGAAGGAAGGCUGCUGGUUGUUUGACGCCUGCUCAGUACAACCUGAGUUGUCUCCUCAUCCCAAGGAGCGGAGAGACGGCUUCCCUCAGCACGUUCUUCAGUCAGCCAGGAGAGUGGUGCAGAAACAGAGGGGUAGUGUAGUGCUUCAGAAAUUAACUCUUCAGGCUUUGCUACUAACUCUCCCGCUUCACUCACCUGAACUGCUACACGAGCCAUGGCCUCAGUUGUGCCCAUUCCUGACAAGGCCUCCCCGCAGGAUCGCACCCCCCAGUCCCAGUGAGACCCCCCCUUCUAGGCAAAUGUGUAACAAGAGCCUACAGAGAAAUUACCCUCCCGUCAAAUAAGCUGUAGGGAUGGUGUGUGUUAUUGGAGAACCAUGAAUGACUGGUGGUUGGUGGGGAUGAAGGGCUGGCCUAGGAAGCGGCUGCAGAAUGAGGAAGAGGAGAGCCUCAGGGAGGGGAGACAGGCUUAAGGCAGGGGAUGAAGCAAUUACAGCCAUACUACCAAGGACAAGACCUCAGUAGCAGAUGAGCCAAAGUUUCUCAGUCGCCGGAGAACAAGGGUCUUAACUUCGUUCCCAGACCAGGCGCCAGCCCAAUCUAGUGGCCAUUCCUCUGCCCAACAUAAAUACAAGUGGCAUAGUCCUCAUUACCCGCCGCUGAGAAGAACUAUGGGGGUUAAUGGGGCAAAUCACCAACCCAUCCCAAUAAUAAUACUGAGCACUUCUAUGGUGCUUUGCGUUUUCAAAGGGCUUUGAUUGCACUUGUGCUUACAGAGGACACAGCCUGAGACCGCAGUGAGAAUGUACUGAUUCCCACACUAAACCCGCAGGGCUGGUGGGCGUGGGAGCACUGUGAUCUGUAACAUGAUCCCAUGAGUGUGUUCAAGCAAUUCCCCAUGAAUUGUAUGACCCUUCUAGCACCAAUUAUCAGGUGCAGCAACAGCAGAAUACCCAGCAUGGCUGUUGGAGCUCUGGCUAGCUGUGUUACAAGAACAGAUUGUCACUUUGACCCCCCCUCCUUGCUGGCUAUUUGUCUUGCCCUCUUCCUACUCUGGGGAAUGAGCAUAGCCACACACAGAUGCGGCUGCAUCACCAUUUUAGGGAGGCGUGCUACUGCCACCAUCUGAUCUAAUACAGGAAAGCUUUGGCCACAAGGAGACUUUGUAACAGGAAAAACAAAGUCACUGUCAUGACGGAAGUGGAGCAUCCUCAAGGAGAGGAGUCUGGUAUAUAAAUAACAGAGGCUGGGAAUUGCUCUAGAUCCAGGCCAUUUCCCAGGGAGCACUCAGAGCUGCGUAGCUAGACACAUACUAGUAGACACUGUUGGACCCUGGCUGCAGCAUUUAGCAUCCCAAGUCCCAUCAAACGAAAAGCCAGGUGCAGAUGAGUCACAUUCUGUCCACUAUACUGCCUCAUAAAGCACUUUCCAGAGAAAGAGGAUAAAGGGAAAAGAAAGGUCUGAGAAGAGGAAGUGACUCAGCAGAUUGGCAACUCCCGAGAGACGGGGGCAGCACAAAUAUAGUCCUAGCAAUCAGCUAAACCCAUGGAAAAAUCCAAGAAAUGAAUGGCCGCUGCUGAGCGAGGACUGCCCCCAGGACCCUGAUUUCAGCUGGUUUGCAGCAGUCUGUGGACAGAGUGGUGCAGGGAGUCUCCUAAGCCCAGAGAAUUUGUGUCUAGUGCCUCUGGCCAUCCUGGCUCAUGCGUAGCUGAAGCAUUCCAGUACUGCAAGUCUCCACCCCUGUGCUGAGAAGUUUGGCAUGUUCAUUACAGGAGUGCUCUUCCAGGUCUCAGUGGUUUUGGGCUAGGGCUGGGCAUACAUUAUGAGUUUUGGGGUAUUGCUUGGGGCUGCACUGAGUGCUUGUUUGUGUCUUUGCAAGUCAGAAUGGUGGCAGGUGUUCUCCAGCUGUUGGGUGUGGUUCAAAACAUUCUCGAGCAAGACCUUCUGUUGUGCAGCAUCUGCAGCUCCCAUGCAAUCUCCUAGGCCUGGAGUCCCUCGCAUUCUUUUACAAAGUCCUGGCACCAGGGCUCUGGAGCGGAGCCUGGAGCUGGAGCGCGGAGCAGCUCCAGAGCAGUGGAACUGCAGGUUUUUGCCUGGAGCGGAGCCAGAGCACAGCUCCAAAGCCCUGCCUGGCACGGAGCUCACGUGUCUAGAUUCCACAUGGGCCUCUGAGCAAGCACUUGUUCCUACAAGGUGUGGAGCACUUUGGCCCUGAUGUAGAGAAGCAUAAACUUUUAAGCAGGUGGCUAGCCAAUUGAAGUUAAUGGGCUUACUCACAAGCAUGUGUUUAACCUUAAGCAUAAGUGUUUCACUAGAUAAGAGCCAGCGUGCUCUGCACAUUGCAGAAUCAAGCCCUAAAUGAGCUUGCUGAACUUCUCCUGCACUCCCCUCAAUACUUAGGGAGGGAGCACUUCCGACAUAGGAGACUUGUCUCUGAACAUUUUGUGUGGAUCAUAGUAUUCAUUAUUAAGGGUACAUUUUAGUCAUGGGUAGUUUUAGUAAAAGUCAUGGACAGGUCAUGGGCAGCAAACAAAAAUUCACAGCCUGUGACCUGUCCAUGACCUUUACUGUAUACCCCUAACUAAAACUUGGGCGGGGAGCCAUGGGUGCUCUGGGGGAGGCGGUCCAGGGGGUGCCAUGGGUGCUGGGGGAGGUGGCCCAGGACCCCCACUAGUGCUGGGGGGGGAAGCAAUGCACAGCCCGGGAUCCCUGAUGGUGCUGGGGGGAAGGAGGCCGGGGGUUGGUGGGGCUGUCAGGCUACCUACCCGACUUUGCAUGUCCCUGCAGCUCCUAGGCGGCGGAGGGGCCAGGGAGCUCCGCACGCUGCUCCCGCCACAAGUGCCGGCUGCGCAGCUCCCAUUGGCUGGGAACCACAGCCAAUGGGAGCUGAGAGGGCAGUGCCUGCGGGCAGCGUGCGGAGCCCCCUGGCUCUUCCAUCACCUAGAAGCUGCAGGGCCAUGCCAGUGGGAGCCGGGAGCCCCCUCGCCCCAAGGUAUGCGCCCCCCGCUCCUCCCAAUGCCUGCCCCUAGCCCUGAGCCCCCUCCCACACACCCAAAGUGCUGCUGCUGGCCCAGGGGCUGCCCGGCUUGGGAAGCCCCUGAGCCAGCACCAACCACUGCAGAAGUCACAGAAAGUCAUGGAAUCCGUGACCUCCGUGACAGACUCGCAGCCUCAUUCAUUAUCUUUGUUCAUUUGGGAACUCUGGAAUUCAGCAUAUGCCCCAGACAUUGGAGAUGGCAGAAAUGAUACAAGUUUGGACUGUGGUAUUUUAGGAAUGAUUUUUUACAUACAUAUCUACUGGGAAAAACCACAGCACUUUGUCUUGGCUGCUUAUCUGGCUGAGAGACUGAGAUACAAACUGAUGUGAUUAGCUUUUAUAUAUAGUUAAGGAUAAGCAGGGCAGGACCGGGGGGGCGGGGGGGUCUCUUGCACUGUGUCUACCCUAUAAUGUAAGAUCCUGCUCUUUAGCAUAUGUUAAAGCUUUGCUGAAAGGCUGCACCAUGCUCCGAUAGGCAGGUCAGACUAUUCUUAGUGAGAUGCUAAACCUGCCCUGUGUUGUAUAAUCCAUUAACUCUGAGGAGAUUGCAAUGUAGUCAUGGGGUUAAUGGUUCAAUAAAAUUUCAGGUUCAAAUGUG